CCCGUUUAAGCGUACGUUUCACCCUUCUAACUCCCAGCCGAUUUUCGCUCAAUCCACAGCGCACUUCAAUUCGUCGGUGGUUCGAUUAGGAGCCUUAUAAAAAGUGUACAUUUUCCAGUGAAGAUCGUUCGUCGUCGUCCCUGCUUACUGCGAUCCAGUGGCAUUAAUGCGUUAAUGCGAUAUUGAUGAACCAUCGUUCGGAAGGUGUUUUUUUGUCUGGUGCGAAGAAAACCCGUGAAGUUUCAAAUCAGAAAAAAAUCCUCCACAUCACGCACUCCUAGCCGUGUGAAUUUGAGGUGAAAAAAAAGAAAUAUAGGGCCGAGAUAAACGGAAAGUAGCACAAUAUCGGUGAGAACCCAGUACGAUAGUGUUGUACUCCAAAGGAAAAGUUUCAAUAAGUGCUACGGCUAGUGUGCUCCUGUGUAACCGCAACGGUAGACUUUGCAAAAGAAAAAUACUCCAAAAGUCGAUAAGUGAAACAACGGUCAAUAAGCGUUAAAAAUGGCAUCUCCACCACCAGCUCCCGUGAAGAAAGUGCCGAUUCAUCUACAGAGUGCGCAAAAUAGACUGUACAUCAAGCGUGGUCACGUCGUGAACCAUGAUGGAAUGCAACAGGCGGAUGUGUACAUCGAGGAUGGGACUGUUAGGUAUGUUGGUUCAGGUGCGGACUUUGUUGUUCCUGGGGGCUGUCGUACGAUCGAUGCUACCGGUAAGCUGGUUAUGCCCGGUGGUAUCGACCCGCACACACAUUUCCAGCUAGAAUUUGGUGGCACUGUGGCGGUAGAUGAUUUUUAUAAGGGCACCAAGGCCGCAGUUGCCGGUGGAACCACAACCAUCAUGGAUUUUGUGCUUCCGAAGAAGGGCGAAUCGCUACUUGAGGCGUACGAUACCUGGCGAGCUCGGGCAGAUCCAAAAGUGGUGUGCGACUACGGUUUGCACGUUGGCAUCACUUGGUGGUCCAAGUCGGUCCGGGAUGAGAUGAAAAUCCUUUGUCAGGAACGUGGCGUUAACUCGUUCAAGUGCUUCAUGGCGUACAAGGGUCUAUAUCAGCUCAACGAUUCCGAGCUGUACGAAGUGUUUGAAACCUGCAAGGAACUCGGAGCAGUGGCGAUGGUACAUGCGGAGAAUGGCGACAUUAUCGCGAAGAAUGUAACCAAACUGCUGUCGGAAGGAGUGACCGGACCGGAGGGCCACGAACUGUCCCGCACGGAGGAAGUCGAAGCAGAGGCCACCAAUCGCGCUUGCGUUAUUGCGCAUCAGACGAAGGCACCGCUGUACGUCACAAAAGUGACUAGCAAACUGGCCGCCGAGCAGCUAUCGCAAGCGAAACGGCGUGGCCUGGUGGUGUACGGCGAAACGCUGGCCAGCUCGCUCGGCUGUACACUGACCAACGUGAAACCGAACGCUCUGGUAUAUUACACGACCAGCCCUCCGAUUCGAAAGGAUCCGGAAACUCCCCGACAUUUGGUGAAGUUCCUGGCGCUGGACGAUCUGCAAACGACUGGCAGUGACAACUGUACAUUCAAUCGCAACCAGAAGGAGUUGGGACUGAAAGAUUUCUCCAAAAUCCCGAACGGUGUCAACGGUGUCGAGGACCGGAUGUCUGUGGUGUGGGAAAAAGGCGUCCAAUCGGGACUGAUCGAUCCUCAACGUUUCGUGGCAAUCACCAGCACGAAUGCUGCCAAAAUUUUCAACCUCUAUCCCAGAAAGGGUCGCAUUGCGCAAGGUUCCGAUGCCGACUUAAUCAUCUGGGAUCCAAAGGCGGUCCGUACGAUUUCCGCCUCCACCCAUCAUCAGGCUUGCGACUUCAAUAUUUUCGAAGGCAUGAAAUGCCACGGCGUUCCAGAGUUUGUGAUUGUGCGCGGACGUGUAUGCGUCGAAUAUGAGCUGAUUCGCGUUGCAGAGGGCCAAGGUGCGUUCCUGGAAACACCCGUCUAUCCUUCAUUCGUGUACGAUGCAUUGAAUGGUGUUUCCCGCAUGGAAGACGGAUCUGACGAAAAGCACACCCGGAAUGGGAUCCAAAAUCUGGACCUGAACUCCAAGUCGGGCCAUGAUGUAGAUAUCCCCGAUACAUACGCCCUGCCCGAGAAGUACAUUCCAGGUCCGGCAUUGAGUGUUAUCUCCGGCGAUUCACAGCUCAGCACUCCCCAUAGUGCCCGUGGCCUACGUCCCGAUGGGUUGAAGAAUAUGCAGGAAUCCACCUUUUCCAUCAGUGAGGAGCUCGACAAAUCGGAAUCACGCUCAUGCAUCCGCGUACGAGCUCCCCCCGGUGGAAAGUCUUCCGGAUUCUGGUAAGGUCGGAAAGUAUGUUCGAAUUAAUGAAAAAAAUAAACAAAUUAAGGAAUGGUAUGCAAAGUUACCUCUCAACACGAUCACCUCCAACCAUCCAAAGAAGUACACGUGCACUAAGUAUGGGCCAACAGCACGACGAGCAACCACCACAACACACUCCUAAGGGAUAGUUUCGAACGAAUAGCCGAUGCAAAAAGUUAUGAAAUGGAGAAAUGAAAUGUUUCGAAACCAUAUCAAUGCGACCAAACAGAAUUGAUCUUUGCAAUUGAAGUUAUGGUAACUUUUGACGGGGGUCCCAAAGGCAAUGGAUAAACCAAACAAUCAGCUAAGUAAAUUAAAUAUAUUAUACGUUUUCGAGGUUAUGCAGCGUUCCGUUCAUACGAAUUGAAAUUUUGACUACAGUUCUGAUUCUUUCUUAGUUGUAACAUUGAACUCUAGGGUCUUGCUUAAGUUAUUAAUUUAUUAUCUAUUUCUUUGGACUAAUUAGCUGCUAAAUGAUUCAUUUUACAAUGGUCCAUUUUUAUUACACUUCUCUGUUUGGUCUCUCUGACACCGACACAAAAUAAAUGCUGGAAAUGUACUUUAAAGGAAAUGGAUUGAAAAAACGUGCAAUAGAUGUAGGAGUUUCUGAUGGCGGGUUAGGUUUUCAGUUAGCAGAUAAAAACCAUCUCAAUUCGGUAGGUAAACAUGUAUGUAGCACACCAAACAACCAUCAUAUAUUUGCUGGCGCACAAUGUCUUGAUAUAAAUCUGGCUUAUAAGUGAUACACAGUGCAUAAGAUUAAGAGCUCACCGACAGGACUGAAACAUAAAAUCAGAACUUUUUUUACCUUUCCUAAUAGGAGAUUUGAAUGCUGCUGGUUAGCUGAUCUAUGCUACUUAUUUUCACAAGUAGCUAGAAUUCAAAAUUUAUAUUCACUAGUAAAAGCAAAUUAAACAGAUGGAUGAGUAUCGCCAAAGUUGUUAGAGAUUAACGAAGAAUGAUCAAAGAUUGAUGGGACCGAAAGUAUGGUUUGUGUGACUUACAUGUGCAGAUCACUACAAUUGCCUUCAUAGAUUUUUUCGCCAGAAGCCUUGUUUUUGUCUACUGAUAUGAGCGAUAGGUGUACGCGUGUUGUGCGUUUUUCUUCACAGCACAACCAGAAAUCGUUUGUCUUCAUGUGGAGCUAAUAUAUAUUAAGCUUAACUAGCAACAUAACAUUUGUUAGCGAAUGCUUUGUUUGUUUUUUUUCUACAACUAGCUCCAAAUAUACUCUCAUUCAAAUUAAGCGAGCGGUUUUCCAUGGUAACAUAAGAAUUACGCGAUUAAUUCAAAACCAUUAAAUAUUACAUUGACGUAAUCGUAUUGAAAUCGUGUAUCAAUCGUGGUUAGUUGUAAAACCCUGAAAUAAAGACAAGAA